UGCUGCUUUGAAUAGAAGUUGACGCAAUCGACGCUCACAUUGGAAACUGCGACUAACAUUUAUCUAACAGGUCUGGCGCUAGCUGGUAAAAAAAAAAAAAAAAAAAAAGUGUGAUAUCAAGUGCAAACAUGAAGAAGGGCUUCACUGCCGAGCAAAUUUCCGAUUGGUUCACCUCCGGGGCCACGUUUGCCAACAUUAAACUCACAGAUGAAGUGGCUGAAAAGAAAUCAUCUGAGCCGUCGUCGAAAGAGACUAGCCCACUACACAUUCCUGAUGAAGACAGCCUGAAACCUGGAAACUCAGUCGGAGGACAAUUCAAGAAAAAAGAGCUACCAAGUAGCAGCCCUCCUCCACUUCAUAGCUAUGAGUACCCCAGCUUGCCCAUAACCAAAAGCAGACAGCAGCUGAUUUCUCUCAUAGAAAACAACUCUGUCGUGAUUAUUCGAGGAGCCACAGGCAGCGGCAAGACCACUCAGCUGCCACAGUACAUUCUGGACCACUACAAUGACAAAAAUACCCCGUGCAACAUUGUGGUCACGCAACCACGAAGAAUCGGUGCCAUAAGUAUUGCUCGAUGGGUCGCCACUCAAAGGAAGUGUACCAUCGGGAGUCUGGUUGGAUAUCAGGUUGGGCUGGAGAAGAUGGCCACUGAACACACGCGACUAAUCUACAUGACAACAGGAGUGCUACUGGAGAAACUGGUGACAGCCAAGACCCUCACCGAGUACUCUCAUAUUUUUAUUGAUGAGGUUCAUGAGCGCACUGAGGAGAUGGACUUUCUCUUGCUGGUCUUGAGAAAACUUCUUAACUCCAACUCUCGUUACGUGAAGAUCAUCCUCAUGUCAGCCACCAUCAACUGCAGACAGUUUGCAGAGUACUUCAGCACUCCAGUUCGUGGAAAGAUGAACCCAGCCUAUGUGUUUGAAGUGGAGGGUGUUCCUUACAGCGUUAAGGAUUUUUAUCUGGAUGACCUUCAGCACCUGUGUCUCUAUAGUCUGGAUUCAGCCCAUUUAGAUGAUCCUCACAUCUCAGCUCAGAUGUACGACCUUGCUAUCAGCCUCAUUCAGAGCUUUGACAAGCUGGAGGGCCAAGAUUCCAGCAAUGAAGGUGCUGCAGGUGUUGAAAGCUUCUCAGAGAGAGGCAGUGUCCUUGUUUUCCUUCCUGGCAUAUACGAGAUAACCUACAUGCAGCAAGCCUUAGCCAAGCUGGUCCACAAGAGGUUGCAGGUGUAUCCCCUUCACUCCACUGUGACAAUGGAGGAGCAGUAUGGUGUUUUCCUGCCUCCUGUCCUUGGGUACAGAAAGGUCAUCCUUUCCACCAACAUUGCAGAAAGUUCAGUGACUGUGCCUGAUGUCAAAUAUGUCAUCGAUUUCUGCCUGACCCGUCACUUGGUUUGUGAUAAAGAAGCCAAUUACCAGUCUCUGCGUCUCACCUGGGCAUCAAAGACCAACUGCAACCAACGUAGAGGAAGGGCAGGUCGAGUAUCCAAGGGCUACUGUUACCGCCUUAUUAGCAAAGACUUCUGGAAGAAUGAAAUCCCAGACUAUAUGAUCCCUGAGAUGCUGCUUGCCCCCCUGGCCAACGUCAUGCUGAAGGUGAAGCUGCUGGACAUGGGAGACCCCCGAUCCCUCCUCUCUGCAGCUCCCUCACCCCCUAUCCUCAAAGACAUAGUGAGGACUGUGCUCCAACUAAAAGAGAUGGGGGCCUUGUCUGCUAAACAGGAUGAUAGAUGUCUAAAUGAGGAUGGUGAGCUGACGUUCCUGGGUCGAGUGCUGGCCCACUUACCUGUGGACCUUUACCUCGGCAAGAUGAUUGUCCUGGGUCACAUUUUUGGCUGUCUAGAUGAGUGUCUCAUCAUAGCUGCUUGCAACUCUCUGAAGAGUUUCUUUGCAAUACCAUCAAUGCAACAGCUUGCCGGUCACAGGAGCAAGAUGGCCUUUGCCCAAAGCACCCAAAGUGAUUCCAUUGCAUUUGUCAACACCUUCAAGGCAUGGCUUUCCUUCAAAAAGAAAGGACAGCUGAGAAACAAGAAGGAUGAACUGGACUGGGGAAAAGAGAACUUCAUUCAAAUUAAGAGGAUGCGUGAGGUUGCAGAUUUAUAUGAAGAUCUGAAAAAACGUGUGCAACAGUUCAACAUGUGUGUGCCAGACAACACCCAGCCCACUGAUUAUACCAGCAUACACGCACAGAAGUUCAUCCUUCAGGUGGUCAUUGCUGGUGCCUACUACCCACACUACUUUGUCCAGGGGGAAAUAAAUGAGGACUUGGCUUCCAGAGAGUUGAGUGGGUUGAACCCCAGAACAACUGUGAUGCUGCGGAACCUCCCUCCAUACAGUUUUCUGUACUACAAACAGCUGCAGUCUCUGUUCCGCCAGUGUGGACAAGUGAAAGCCAUUUCCUUUGAGAGCUCCAGAGCAUAUGUGGAAUUCUACAGGACAUCCCAGGAUUCUGCAGUGUUGCCUGAGGUCUUGCUUGCCCUCCUCCUGGCCCAAGAGAGACCUUCCUUGGAGUUGUCUGUCUACCCAGUAGAACAAAUAGAAUUAUGCGUAGGGAACAGACAGAUAACUCACAUGAAAUAUGCACGGGUGAAUGUCGACUUCCAAAGCCAAUCCAUCCUCCCAGUAGGAGUGGUGAGCAGCGGCACUGACCCAGACAAACUGCCUCCCAACCGCUUUUUCGUGGUCAAUGUCACAGAGGUGGUAGAUGUGGGCCAUUUCUGGGGCUUCCAGGCAGAUGAAGCCAGUUUGAAGAAGCAGCGGCAACUGACGGGAGAGAUCAACAUGCGCACAUUGCAUCCUGUAACUCUAUCACUUUAUCCCAAUCUUCUGUGCCUGGCGCCCUACUCUGAGAUCAACGAGCAAAGCCUCUACUACCGGGCCAAAAUCCUGCACAUGCAUGGCAACACAGUGGAGGUGUUCUUCUUGGACUUUGGUAACACAGCAGCUGUCCCAAGCAGCAGCCUUCGGGAACUCCCAUCUGACCUUCUGUCGGAACCCUUCCAGGCUCAGGAGUUUCAAAUUAUUGAAAUACGUCCGUCAGCAGAGUCUCUCAUCUUUGGGAACCAAUGGAGCAGCCGUGCCCGACAACGAUUCAUGGCACUGGUGAAAGACUGCUCGGUCCUCGUGUCACUGUACUCCAUCCUUCAUGGAAUCAUGCGCGUGCAGUUGUUUAUCAGUGGCGAGAUCACAAACAAAAGCGUGGCUGAAGUCUUGGUGGAGGAGGGCCACGCCGUCAUUGCGGAAGAGAGCUUUGACUCCAAACAAAACAAUGAGAUGCUGGUUUCUCUGUACAAAGACAUCCAAACGGGGAUGUACGUCCCCAAUGCCACCAGCAGCUCCUGGAAGGAUCGCAAAAAAGAAGAGAAGGAGCUCAUCGACUACCUCCUCUCCCACUUUUCCAAAAGCCGUACACCUUAUUCCAAGACAAAGGUCCGUCUGCAUGGACCAAACAGUCCUCAAAAAAUCAUCUUCCACAGCUUGAACAACACCACAUACUGCAAGACGGUGUGCAUUGAUCGAUGCAGCAUCAAUGCCAUGGCUCUGAAUGAAAACCCUCACUACAAGCACCAGAGAAUACUGGUGGCCGGGACCGUGUUAAUCAGCGCUUCAGGUAACAACAUUGUCCUGAGGGACACGUCCCUCAUGCCAGACAUCCCUGGACUACCUGCCAUUGUUACCAUGCUCUUCACGCCCAUCAUGGAGUUGCGCACUAAUGAAGAGAAGACGUCCUACACAGGAGCUCUCUGUGGUUUGGGCUGGAACAGUCAAACACAAGAAGGCAUCCUACCUGAAAAUGACAUUGAAAUGGCCUUUGAUGUAAAGUUUGAUGUGGAAGACAUCACUGAGGUAAAUGCUUUGCGAGUAGCUAUCAACCAUCUGGUAUGUGAAGGACCGAGUGGCACCCUGCAUCUGGGGUCUGACAGGAUCGGCCAACUGCAGGAGGACUGUCGCGAGCGUCUCAAGAGAUUGUUCACUAAGUCACCUCCAAGGGAAGCUGUCACUCCAGAGUACUAUGACAAACCAGGGAAAUGGAACCAGGUUGAUCCUUCCCUCAAGAUGGACAUCACUGAGGUCAGAGCUGGCAAAUCAAAAGGAGUUCUCUUCCAACUGCACCCCAUCAUUCUUUUGAACAACUGAAAAGCUAUGUCUGGCAUUGUUACUUUUAUUUCAUAUGUUUUAGCUUUUUAAUUUCACUUGUUUAUUUUAUUGUCCAGUGUGACUUGAGAUUUAGUGGUACAGAAAAAUCCACCUUUCUUCGUUCUUAUUAUGGACAAAUAUUUUUGGUUGAUCAUUGAUUAGGUUGCUUGUUGACAUUCAUCCUGUUACCAGUGAGCCAAUAAAAAAUAGCUGUUUCCAACAGUUUGCGGCUUGCUAGUCACUCAUGGGCACACAUUUACAGUAUUACAGUACAAAGUGUUGUGUCUGUGCCUAAUUUGAAUGAUUUUUUUUCACUUUUCAGAACUCCCAAGUUUCCAAAAACUAUAUUUACUCUCUGUUAACAUGCGUAGCUCCUUUGUUUGUCAUCAGUCACACUGUCAGAUACCUUCAUCACCAACAGGAAAAUGACGUCGCCAGUAAGCUGACUAAGUAAAUGGUAUCCAUCAAGGUACAUUUAUUUUUCUUACUCUGGUACUUAAAUACAUAGUGUAAGUGCAAAUAGUUAAGAGUCCAGGGUCUAGAGAACUACAGAGUAUAGUAGAACAUAGUACAAAGUUGGACAGUUAUUUAAACAAGCUUAAUAUCACGCGAUACUUCUUGUCUUCAUAGUAAUUGUACAACAGUACCCAUAACAUGAGUGUGUGUAUUGUUCCUUAUUGGUAUACAAAAGCAAAGACCCUACAAAUACCACAUCUAAGACGCAUAUGUUUAAAUUACCUUGUGCUUGGAAACACCAAAAGGAAAUCAUUGUUGAUAAUUUCAUAUAGACAUAUAGUGAGAGAAGCCCCAUCUGCUUACUUGAACAUUAAGCAGCGAACAUUGGCAGCAGAGCAAGACUGUGGCCACUUAAGCUUUAUUAUUUUAUUUUUUUUGUGCCACACCAUACAGUUUGUGGUAAGCACUGCAAAGCAAAAAUGUAGCGUGGUUUUCAAAAAACGUCACAAAAGAUAUCAAAUAUUUACCCAAGGCUCGACUUCAUGCACUUUAGAAUAAGCAACACAAAAAACGUCUUUUCUCUUUUAGUUUUUCGAGUUGUGAACUUGUCUACCUAGUGGCGUUUAUGUAAGUGUGUUGUGUGUUAGAGUCUACAUUG